AUGAGUACUCUUACCGAACGAGUAGAUCAAACUAGUAUUUAUGUUCAACCAAUUCUUUUUAUUCUUGUUAUGAUUACAAAUAUUUUAAAUAUAUGUAUAUUACGUGAUCGUACACUUCGAUCAUCGUCUUGUAAUUAUUAUUUUAUUAGUUUUUCAGUUUCAAGUAUUCUUUAUACUUGUAUUCUAUGCCCAACACAAAGUUUACGACGAUAUAAUAUUUUAUGGAUAAAUACAACGGUCGGUUGCAAAUUGAAUCCUUUUCUCUUAUUUGUUUUACCUCUACAAGCUAGUCUUAUGCUUAUCUUAGCUUCGUUCGAUCGUUUUUGUUCAAGUUCCAUAUCAGUGAAACUUCGUUCAUUGAGUAAUAUACGAGUAGCACGAUGGUCAAUUAUAUUGGGUUCACUUUUAUGCGCACUAUGCAUGUCACCAAUGAUAUUUAUCUAUGAUUUUAAUUCAACAGUACAUUUAUGUACACAAUAUUCUAAUCUGUUAACUGAGUGA